AUGGCCGACCCAACUCAAACCCCAGACCUGAGCGAAAAGGCCGUCGAAGCCGCCAAUGACUUCUUCGCCCAACUAUACAGCUUCUUCGAGCUAGUCAUAACCCGCUUCUGUACAAACGGCUACAAAUCAAUCGCGGACAUGAGCGGCAAGCGCUGGACAAAAGUAAUCGGCAGCGUGAUCUUCUACAUCCUGGUGCGUCCUUACAUCGAAAAGGGCUUUAAAUGGCUGCAUGACCGAGACCGCCGAUUGGAGAAGGAGAAGAAGGAAAAGGAGCGCGCUGAAUUCGGGACGGCGAAGGUAUCGGCGAAUUCCUUGCGUGGGGGUAAGGGUGCGUCUACGGUUUCCGGGUCGGGCUCUUCUUGGGCUGCUGCUGCUGCGGCUGAUGGGAAGGGACGGGUUAUGGGUGAGGUUGAGGGGUCUGAUGAUGAGGUUGAGGUUGAGGAUGAGGAGGAUAUGUUGCCUCAUGCUAGUGGGGUUGGAUCUGAGUGGAAUAAGAUGGCCCGGCGGAGACAGAAGAAUUAUAUCAAGAAUGUGCGGAAGGAUCAGCGGGCUGAGGAUUUGAGUCGGGAUCAGAUUAUGGAGUUGUUGGAUUGGAGUGAUGACGAGGGUGUGAAGAAGGAUGCUUGA